CGUUGAAAAAAGUAAAGAUAUUUUAGUAAUAAAAUAAAACAAAUUAUUAUAAAAUCCGUGAUUAAACAGUAUUAUUGUUUUUGUUACAAAAAAAAAAAUAAAUUAAUUAAAUACAUAUAAUUAUUUUGUUGCUAGUAUUACUAACUAUGAACUUAAAAACUUACUUGGGAAUUUAUAUAUUAUUUGCUGUUUUCCAAAUUUACCACAACACAGAGAUACCAAAUUGUGCCUUUGAAGAUACAGUUAAUCUAACGAAUGCCUUACAGUUUGAUAAUGGUUCCUAUUUGUAUGCAUAUGAAGGUAUAGUCAUACCACCGGAUUUAGUGGGUGUAUAUGAUUUUGAAGAGAUUUACGAUGGCAGACGUCUGCCUGUGGAGCCGCAUUUACGUGGCUGUAUUUGUAAGGGAAGAAAUUGCAUAAAGUUUUGUUGUCAUCCUACCAAAGAAUUAAUAACGAAUAUGUCACGAAUGUGUUCAGAAAAUGAAUUGAAGGAGGAGUUAGAAUAUGAUCCCUAUUUAGAGGUGAUCUAUAACAAUGGCUCUCGGCUAAAGACACAUGCCAUCAGACAGUUUGUUGUCAUACAGGGUGUACCCUGUGAGGGUGGCUAUCCAUUGAUGCCACAAGAGGAUGAAGAUGAUAAAUGGGAUAUAUUUGAGAAUGGCACCAUAUAUCGUCAUUUCGAUCAGUCAUAUAUAAGUAAAAGAGAUUAUUGUCUAAUGCCUCAAAAUAUGAGUGAUGGCACCUGGGUACUAAAUCCCAUGAAUUGUCCCAUACCCAAUGAAGCCACACUAUCCAAUCGUAUCAACAAUAUUGCCAUGGCCAUAUCAGUGCCAUUUAUAGUUUUAACCAUAUUUGUCUAUCUCUUUAUACCGGAACUACGCAAUCUUCAUGGCAAAUGUUUAAUAUCGUAUUUAACCUCACUGGCUGUGGGUUACAGCGUUUUAAGUACCAUUACCUUAUCCGAAGUGAUAUUUGCCAAUUUUGUUUGCAGCAGUUUAGGUUAUAUUGGUUAUUUCUCUUUUAUGGCUGCCUUCUUUUGGCUCAGUGUUAUUAGUUUUGAUUUGUGGCAAAAUUUCCGUAUCACUGGUCCUAUACGUAUUGGUCAACGUAAACGCUUUAUUAUGUACUCAACAUAUGCCUGGGGUGUUCCCUUUUGUUUGACUUGUAUUGUUAUGAUUAUACAGAAUUCGGAUAUGGAUCCGUAUUAUAAACCGGGUAUUGGUGAUGAUUAUUGUUGGUUGAAAACUAACGAUUGGUCUGCCAUGAUUUACUUUUUUGGCAUAAAUCUUAUCAUUAUACUAUUGGAUACAGCAUUCUUUAUAAUGACCCUACACAAAAUACUCAUAAUUCAGAAAGAAAUAAAAAAGGUCACCAUGAAUGAUGGAGGCAAUGAUAAAAGUCGUAAUUUACGUUUACACAAAAAUAAUGUGGGACUAUUUUUACGCCUAUUACUUAUAAUGGGCAUAACAUGGCUGUUGGAUAUAUUUUCCUAUAUAGAAAAUCAAUUACAUCCCGGUGUCACAAAUCCUCUAUACUAUAUCAGUGAUUUUAUGAAUGCCAUGACGGGACUGUUAAUUUUUAUAUGUUUUGUUCUGAAGCCCAAAGUAUUGAAAUUAAUGAAACGAAGAAUCUUGGGUAAAGAAGAACCAUCUGAAAAUACUGAAUCGGAUUAUUCUGAUGAUGAAUUUGCUUUAGAAGAUCGUGGUAAAAAUGAUGCUCUACAAUUUAUAAAUUAGAUUCCAAAUACUGCGAGAUGGUAAAAGUAAAAUUAAUAACCGCACCGUAACCUCACAAAUGAGUCUUUCGAAAACCCAGUUAAAUGUUUUAUUGCCGCGUUAACGUAUAAU